AUGGCUGCGAGAGCAUUUCUUUUGUUUUUGGUCGGUUGCACACUCUUCAGCGAUAAGAGUGCCUACGCAGUUAGUGUUGCCUAUCUUGAGUGCUUCCGAGACCUUAAUUCUUGCGGGGGAUAUGCAUGGGGUGCAGCUGCUCUUGCUUAUCUUUAUGACAAUCUUCGAGAAGCCAGCAUGCAUCAAACCCGAACUGUUUCAGGGCAUGGGUCUAUGAGCAUUUUCCUACAUUAUGUAGAGAUUGUUGUAGACUUUCUAUGGGGUGCAGCUGCUCUUGCUUAUCUUUAUGACAAUCUUCGAGAAGCCAGCAUGCAUCAAACCCGAACUGUUUCAGGAUAUUGUUGUAGACUUUCUGCUAGUUAUGUUGAAGACUAUCCUAGAGCACUUAAAUGGAUGCCUAAAAGGGAUAAAGGUUUUGUUCUUCCAUUUAGGAAAGCUCUUGAUGAGAUUGAUGUUGAUGAGGUCAGUUGGACACCAUAUGAGGACCAUCGACUGAAGCGACCUUUUGAAGAUGUAUCUUUAUUUCGAGGGUGGAUACGUUGGGGUCCGAAGAUGUAUGCUCAUCUGCCAGACAUAGUAUUGUGGCAAUAUGGUCAUGUCCAAACCAUUCUUGGCUCACCAUUAGAGGUAGUGGGUCAGACAACCACACCAGAUGAAAUGGACAUUAUGUUUACGCAAUAUGUUGUGCAUGUAGUGGAUGCUAGCGCAGUUGUGCAGGGACAUGUAGUCUGCUCGAAUGAUUAUAUGGACUGGUUUCACAGAAUUUCUCAUCCAUACAUCAUUCCUGAUGGCGGCGAUCCUGCUGAUGACACAGUUGACAUAACGCGUCGAACAAUACAAAUUGCUGAAGAGCUGAUUGGCCGGCAACUGAUAUUACCUGAUGGCGUGCCACUCAUUAAUGAGUUGAUUUUGAUGUUGCGAAGUCAGAGGGGUGGUGGUAGAGAUUGGACGAACACAGUACCAUAUCGUAGAAGAAAUAGAAGGACUUAG